AUGGAUGAUAUUAACAAUUAUUUUUCUAACAUUGUCCUUCCAGUGACAGUAUUGCUUCCACAGAAAAUUGCGAAAUGCACUGAGGAAGAUGCCGAAAAUUUGUGUGCAACCUUUCCAGGUGACCUGAAAGAUCCUGAUGCACUACGGGCAGAGCUUGAAAUGAUGGGCAACGACAUUGAAAAGAGUGGUGCCAAGAAUUUACGGGAUGCUGCGAAGUGUCUACUCGGAAGACAAUGUUUCUACCCAAACCUUGCUAAAGCUUACCAGUUGGCGCUGACCAUUCCAGUGUCCGUCGCAAGCAAUGAACGUUCCUUCAGCAAGUUAAGGCUGGUAAAGAGUUAUCUGCGAUCGACAAUGAAGGAAGAUCGUCUCGACGACCUAAUAUUUUAG